CAGCAUGGCGCGGACCCGGAAGACCUACGCGGAAAGGGCAUCCCACCGCCUCCCGGGGCGCGCAGGCGCAGCACCCCUGUUUGUCGGCGCCUGAGAAGGGAGGAGGUACGGUCGAAGGCAAGAUCCAGGCCGAGCCGGAGCUGACCUGACUUGACUCGGGCCCAGAACUAGGCUCCAGUCCCGCGCGGGCCGGACAGUAGGACCUCGGAGUGGAUGGAGCAGGCCCAGCCCUGAGACCAACGGCAGCCACUGGGCCUGGCUCCGGGCCCACCGGGCGGGCAGGCAGGCGGGCCGAAGCCGCCCAGGGCUUCCCCUCGGGUCCCGGGCGAGGGGCCUAGGCCCCGCCCCGCAACCAGGCCCGGCCCGGCCCUUUGGAACCGGAGUCCACCCGACCAGAAGUGGAGUCCUCACCGGGGCGGGGCCAUCGGCCAGUGACUAGGCCGGGCCCGGGCCUCCCGUCGGGGCCGGAGUGGGACGAGGCCCGGGGAGGCCCCUAGCCCACUAGACGCUCCCCUCCGGCCGACGCCCGCCGAGAAGAUGCAGCGCGCCCUGCCCGGCGCCCGCCAGCACCUGGGGGCCGUCCUGGCCAGCGCCAGCGUGGUGGUGAAGGCCCUGUGCGCCGCGGUGCUGUUCCUCUACCUGCUGUCCUUCGCCGUGGACACGGGCUGCCUGGCGGUCACCCCGGGCUACCUCUUCCCGCCCAACUUCUGGAUCUGGACCCUGGCCACCCACGGGCUGAUGGAACAGCACGUGUGGGAUGUGGCCAUCAGCCUGGCCACGGUGGUGGUGGCUGGGCGCUUGCUCGAGCCCCUCUGGGGGGCCUUGGAGCUGCUCAUCUUCUUCUCCGUGGUGAACGUGUCCGUGGGGCUGCUGGGGGCCUUCGCCUACCUCCUCACCUACAUGGCUUCCUUCAACCUGGUGUACCUUUUCACCAUCCGCAUCCACGGCGCCCUGGGCUUCCUGGGCGGCGUCCUGGUGGCACUGAAGCAAACCAUGGGGGACUGUGUGGUCCUGCGGGUGCCCCAGGUGCGCAUCAGCGUGGUGCCCAUGCUGCUGCUGGCGCUGCUGCUGCUCCUGCGGCUGGCCACGCUGCUCCAGAGCCCCGCGCUGGCCUCCUAUGGCUUCGGGCUGCUCUCCAGCUGGGUGUACCUUCGCUUCUACCAGCGCCAUAGCCGAGGCCGAGGGGACAUGGCUGACCACUUUGCUUUCGCCACCUUCUUCCCGGAGAUCCUGCAGCCCGUGGUGGGGCUGUUGGCGAACUUGGUGCACAGCCUCCUGGUGAAGGUGAAGAUUUGCCAGAAGACAGUGAAGCGCUACGAUGUGGGGGCCCCGUCCUCCAUCACCAUCAGCCUCCCGGGCACAGACCCUCAGGAUGCGGAGCGGAGAAGGCAGCUGGCCCUGAAGGCCCUCAACGAACGGCUGAAGAGAGUGGAGGACCAGUCCGUCUGGCCGAGCAUGGACGACGAUGAAGAGGAGGCUGGGGCCAAGGCGGACAGCCCUCUGCCCUCAGACAAGGUCCCCACCCUCCCAGGGAAGGGGGCUGCCCCAGAAUCCAGCCUGAUCACCUUUGAGGCAGCUCCCCCGAAGCUGUAACUCCAGACCACCUUGAGUGUAGCACCUCCUCUCCCACACCCCGGCCCCUUCUCAGCUGCUCUGAGGAGAGGGAGGAUGGUCUCCGGGGGUCUCCACAGCCUUCUGCUAUUUCUCGCCAACACUACCCAGGACUCUUGCUACCUGGUUACAACUCCAGACAACCACUAAGUCAGGCAUCCGCCAGCCGAGGCUGUCUGAGGUAAGACUGCACCUCGGCAGGUCGCCCCAAGCAAGUGGCAGUAGGGACACUGGUGCCGCAGCUUCCGGGCCAACCCUCACACCUGAUACUGUGGCCGAGAGCCCUGAGCCAAGGCAAGGAUUUGCCAAAAACGUCCUGGGGGGUCCAGCCAGCGUAGGAGCCAGCACAGGGCUGUGCCUCCCUGCCCACCCCCGGAAGGACUGUAUUCACCUCGAGAUUUCCGGUUCCCUCUGCUGUGGCCACGGCUGCUGCUAGGCCAGAGCGGCCACAGCUCCCAGGCGUUUUCUACGGGACCACUGAGCGGGCGGCUGGCCCAGCGCGCAGUGUCAAUAAAGCAGUUCUUUGAGGUAUGA